AUGGACGCCAGCAGCCGAGCCCGAGCAAGCAUGGGUCUUGACACGCUUGCAAUUAUCGGCGGUGCCGGCCCCGAAGCUGGCGUUGACCUGAUGCAAAAAAUUUUGAUGAAAAAUCGUGAGCUGCGAGAAAAGACCGACGGACUUCACUACUGCACAGACCGAGACGCCCCCUAUGUGGUGCUUUUUCAAGUACCAGGUUUAGGCGGUCCGCGCAAUCCCGACGACUUGAUCGAUGAAGAACAGGAGCCCUUCCGAUUGGUGUGGGACUCAAUAACGGAUACGAUACGAAAGAUCGAUGCUCUGUAAGGUCUAAGAAAUUGAAGCGCGCGCAGUUCAUCUAGUUCUGUGAUGUACUAAGGAACAGGCAGCUCUAGUCUCUUGCUCCACCAUACUAGCGAGUCUUGAUAGACAUGUUUACAACUAGUACGCAUACGCCAGAUUGAGAUCCAGAUUCUUUAGAUACACACUUCAAGUUCCGCUGGUACGAGUUCUAGGCUCCUGCCUUAUUCAUGACAGGCAGUUGGAUUACUUCUGCAUUAGCUGCAACACACUGCAUGUCCUGGCACCACGCGUUCGGCGUUUCUGUGAGGAAAACUCCGUUUCAGCCAAGUUUGUGAGCAUAGUGGACACAGUCUACGCACGAAUUAGAGAUAUACAUCAGGAAGCUUCAGUGGCUUGUGGAGCAGGCGACGACUCUUCCGCUCCGUUUCGCAUCGCUGUCUUUUUAUGGUGGUAUUGGCAUUAGAGCUUAGGUCCUUGUAGAAGACGUUUAUCUGCGGAAAUCAUUCUCUCGACGUACAACUCCUCCUAGACCUAGACAGUUGCAAAAGCUUGUUCGUCCCAUAAGAGUUUUUGAAGCAGGUUAAGCUCGGUUUAAACUAAAAGCACUUCAGUAAUUCAGCAAGAGCGAGGUUGAAGAGGAUGUUCUAAUUUCAGGGACUUUCGCUACGACUGAUCUGAAAUCGGCUCGCUCACCUUACGGUGGCCUGCUUUCGCCGGAAACGAUACUCACACCAGUAGGUGAAGAUUCCCAGGCAUCGCAACAACGGCCUCUAUAUCCAGUAUUUUUGCCAGAGGGCGCCCGAAGCGAUUUGCAGCGGUUAAUUGUCGAUAUCAAGCGAGAAGGCUUACAGGAUAAGCACGCUGUACAUUUUCGGGAUGAAUUUUUGCACAAAUAUAAGGCAGAUUGCGCGCUCCUCGCGUGCACCGAACUGCCGAUGUUGAUGCCUUACAUUAACAAGCUGUCAACACCUUCAGAAAUAGAAAGAGCGUCUUCAUCAUGUACAUUCUUGGAUGCGACCGACCUCUUAGCAGAUGUCCUCGUGCACAAAUUGCUGCGAUUCAAAUGAAUUUAAGUUCGUGCGAAGAACAGGGACUACACCCGAAAUUAUCACGAGUCUUGUAUUACAAAUCGAAUCAAAUAAAAUCAAAUCAAUCUCGAAUAUAUGUCACAAAUCAAAUCAAUCUUUAAUGUAGAGCAAAUCAAAAGCAAGUAGGGACAUCACCGCAUUUUUUGUUCUGGUUGCGAAAAUUGGAGGUAUUGUAAUCAUGUAAAUACGCUGAUGAAACACAUCAAGGUGGCAUAAUCGUAGAUCAAAGACACGGAUUUGGUACACUAGUUUCUUACCGUUCACGUAGUUCUUUAGGUUCAGAUUUGCCUGUAAACGUUCCGGCCGCGGUGGUCGUAGCAGUGCUGGCUCUGGCCGCAAGCUCUUAAGAAUGCCUGAGGAGGGUGUCAUGGCCCACCUCAGAAGUGUUCAUCAUGGUCAUGGACAUGAAAGAAUGAUCAUAAACAUAAAGGCUGUAGGCAUGAUGGACCUUUCCCUCACCACUAGUUAAGUCCGACCAAGGCC